AAGGGAAGCAGUACAGUCAUCAGAGGUAACAACUCUUAUAGGUCAGCUAGUAUACUUAUGACUCACGGGCCAGUUAGUAUACAUAUAACACAUUAGAUCAGAAGUACCAGAACAUCUAACAGAACUUGACAAUGAUGCUCUGCAUUCUUGCUCUGAUUGCCACUGCUUCAGCUGGACCAUGGGGCCAACUCUUCAAAGGAGAAAAGGUUUUCCGGGUACAGCCUAAAAAUGAAGAACAGGUGAAAAUUAUCGCCACACUGACAACUUUAGUGCAGCUUGACUUCUGGAAACCAGAGUCAUCAAGUCAGAUAUCGCCAAACAUGGUGGUGGAUUUUCAUGCUGCUGUUGAUGAGGCUUCGUUUGUCCAAUAUUUUCUGAGAAAGAGUGGAAUAGAAUAUGAAGUAUUAAUUGAUGACCUUCAGAUGGCAAUUGAGAAACAACUGGAUAGCCAAUACUCUGGGUAUAACCACAGUUAUGAGAAAUACAACACAUGGGACAAGGUUGUUGCUUGGACAGCUCAGAUGGCAUCAACUUAUUCAUCUCUGGUUACACGAGAAGAGAUUGGAAAUUCCUAUAAAGGGCGUCCCAUGUAUGUUCUUAAGUUAGGUAAGAGCAGUACAAGUAAGAAAACUGCCUUCAUAGAGUGUGGAAUUCAUGCCCGGGAGUGGAUUUCCCCUGCAUUUUGCCAGUGGUUCGUAAAUGAGGCUGUUCGUACUUAUGAAACUGACAAGACAAUGAAUAGACUGCUUAGCAAGAUGACCAUCUAUGUUCUACCAGUUUUCAACGUUGAUGGCUAUGUCUACACGUGGACAAAUGUAUGUGGGUUUCCAUAUAAAAGGUAUGUGGAGUUGGAAAGAGCUUUAAUAAAAGAGGUUACAACAUUUUACGAUCUAAAACUGCUAGAGAAAUAUAUCAAAACGAGCGUUACUCCAAGAGGUUUGAGAGUUGAACGUUUACCAGCCUUUGAAUUCUCUGAUGAUGAAUUGGACUUAUCUGCUGAAUGGAAGGACAUUUCAGUAAAAUGUACUCUGGGCUGGUUAGGAGUGUUGGUCAAAAGAAACGAAAGAACAUUAAAUAAGACUCGUUCUUCCAUCCUGCUUCUGCAGGAUAAGCUGAUCGAAGAAAGUUCUGUGACUGUAUAUAAUAAGAACAUGGUUGAAAUUAAAAAUAGUGUAUCCAAGAUAGAGGCGGAGGUGGUUUCCCGCAAAAAGAGAAAAUAUCUUCGUGACAUCAAAGAUCAUGAAACAGGUAAGCUGUUUUCAUGGCAAUACAACUUUAAGAGGCGGGGCUUCCGUGAUGUCACUAGGGGCCCGAGAUCCAUUGGCGGUAGGAAACCUCUGCUUCUUCGGCUGAUGGUCGAGCAGCAGAAGAGUGUGUCCUUUGAGAGUUUAAACCUGGAACAAGAAGCCCGUGUUGGUGCCUCCAAGAGCCCUUGCAGUGAGACCUACUGUGGAUCUUCUCCAGAGUCUGAAAUUGAAACGAAGAAUGUUGUCACUUUCAUUCGUAAACAUAUAUCCACCAUGAAAGCAUAUAUAUCUGUGCACUCCUAUUCCCAGCUGUUAAUGUUUCCAUAUGGUUUCACCUACAAUCAUGUAGCCAACUAUAAGAUACUGAACACUAUUGCUGGAAAAGCAGUGAGUCAACUGACAAGUCUCUAUAACACAGCAUAUCGCUAUGGUGCUGUAGCAGAAACUAUAUACCCUGCUGCUGGAGCUUCACUUGACUGGGCUUAUGAGGAGGGUAUCAAAUACUCCUUUGUAUUUGAACUUCGAGACACAGGCAGAUAUGGUUUCCUGUUGCCAGAGUCUGAAAUCAAGCCUACCUGUGAAGAAACAAUGGUGGCUGUCAAAUAUAUUCUUAAAUAUGUUUUGCUGCAAUAACUUUAAGAUGUUUUUGAAAGAAAUAACAAAACGCUUAAUUUCUAAUCUAACAGCACAAUAUAAAGGCAUAUCAUGUAUGCAAUAACAAAAUGUUUAAUGUCAAAUUUAACAGUACAACAUGAAAACGUUUAAUGAAAAAUGAUAAAAAUGCAACACAGUCUUAAGCACAUCAGCUUAUUUUUGCAGCUGAGAUACAACAAAAGAAUACAUGAGAAUUUGAUAAUGUUCAGACUGUAUACUUUCCUUCCUCCAAUGAUGCAUUGUGAUAAAAAGGGUCUAUGUCACAUAAUCAAACUUGUAAAAUUUUGAACACCAUAAGUUCGAACUUGGAAGUUCUAAAUGUGAUAACAUCGAAACCUCACAACAGCAAAUUUUUUCCCAGGGAAAACAUUCGCUGUUCCGAAAAACACACACACA